UUCAUCGAGAAAUUGCAUAAGCGUAAGAUUCAACGAAAUCUUGCAUCGAGAUGAGAUAAACUCAAUGGAACAGCGUUGUUACAAAAGUGGGGGAGAGGAGCAGGAGGGUUUCUCGAAGGAGUCAAGAGAAUCGUUGCUUUCUGUUCAAGCAACAAGAUUCGACGGCGGUAUCCUGAAUCCUGAAACUAUUAGUCAUGAGUGUCAUACAGUUGCAUUACACAACUGUGCGUAUGUAUUCUUUGCCUCGACGAUAAACUUAAGGAAAAGACAGACGAUAUGUAGAGCAAACAAGAGUAGAGUAAAAGAGUUUUCACGAAAGCAACACACUUUUCUACGAUUUACACGACAUCUAAUUGAGGAAGCUAAAGAUCGAUCUCUCUUUUUACUAGGAGAUCAAGAUCAAAGGUCGUGAAAGACACGAAGAUUCGUGGGUCGUUCAACGGAAGGAUCUCACAAACCAAUUCAAGGGGGUUGAGAGAUGCAAGGACGACUCGAUGAUGCUCGUACGAGGAGAUGUUGAGAGGAGAAAGAAGCAGGGGCGGAGGCGGAUGAAGAGGAGGAUGAGGAGUAGGAGGGGACGAGAGUAUAGGAUCGGCGAGAGACAGUUCAGUGGCCCUCCUCCUUCGGCCGCGAGUCGCGCCUUUCCAAAGGCCAGCGGGCUCCUUGUCCUAUUUCUGACGUCACGCGAGCGCACAAGAGACUGCCUAACGGCGCAUGCGCGACUGUUCACCAACAUGGUGAACGUCCUGCAACUCUCACUCGCGACUCGGAGGAGGCAAGGCUGCCUGCGAGGCGACGAGUAGUGAGCGGUUAUCGCGUCGUUCGUGCACGGCCCGAAUAAAGGUCCGACGUAAAUUCUACGAUAGAAUUGCUAAAAGUCUUUCGCGGGGAGUAAUUAUCAUUUUUCUUUUCCCUUUUCUUUUUCAUCCUCCUCAUCUUUGUCGUCAUCAUCAUCAUCAUCAUUAUCAUCAUCAUCAUCAUCAUCAUCAUUCUUCUUCUUUUUCUAAUUUUCUUUUCCAUUCACUUUCUUUCCUAUUCCCACUUUUCUACCAUUUUUAGUAGCCUUCUCUUUCUUUUUUCUUCCUUUUCUUUUCCUUUCUAUUCUUUAACUUCUUCUUCUCUUCAAUUUCCUCUCACUCUCACUCUUACUCCUCCGCGAUAUCCGUACCCCCUUUUUCCGAUGAUAGUGCCGAUUCUCGAUCACGUAGAACCUCAGGAAAUAUCUGCCUCGAAAGAUAUAUAUUCUUUGGCUUGUGCCUUCCAUCGUCCUUCGUCGAUUAUGGAUAGGCAAGCAGCUCGACAAAGUGCUAACAUCUUUGACACAUCCGAACCAUAUUGAAGGUGGAGGACGGCUAUACACCAUCGCCGUGUCAGAAAGAGUGCUGUCACUCGAAAGGUUGAGAAGACGGACACACGAUGGUAUCGAGAAGAAAAAUACUCUCCCGUUCGCGAGAUAAUCUCGUGGAAUCUCAAUACGAGGAACAAGAGGAGGAGGAUGUUUGGUACAAUCUCGACAAAUUGUACAAGGAUCACAUACAAGAAGUUUUGGAUAAAUGGAAUCAAAUAGACGAUGAAAUAUGGGCGAAAGUAAUUGUCUUUGAGAGAAAUAGACGCGUCGCGAAAGCGUAUGCUAGGGCACCGGUUCUCACGAUAAACGGCUCGAACGAUGGCUUCGACGGCUUCAGGAUAGGACUUUGCGGUUUUGAUAAUCCAAUGCGUGAUCCGAAGACGGAAGAAGCGAAACGUCAUAUUAAUCAAGGUGUUAAAAUAAAAAUGGAUGAACAAGGAAAUAUUCUUAUUAAAAGGUUGUGUAAAAAUAAUGUUUACAUCAAACCAACCAAUCAGGAGGAUAAUGCUAUUGGGCCUGAAAUUAUACGUAAUUCACAGGGUGCCCUCGAGCACGAGAAACCGGGAAAGUUGUUUGAUAUGAACAAGUUUCAAACAAACUUAUCUCGCGAGACUCGACGAGCAUAUCCCGACAGACGAAGAUUGGAGAUGCAAUGUUUAAGUGCUAUCGUUUUUGUAAGAACGGAAGCAGAUCUUCUUCAAUGUCCAGUUUGGGUUCUCAUCGUGAACGUUGUCGGACUGGACAUGCUCAAGUCAAAAUUGCCACCAGUUUUAGCAUUGCAAAGGCCUGUAGAUAUAAAGAAUCGUCCAAGGAUACCUAUUCCAGACGAGGAUCCUUACAGCGUCGCUGGUGUUUCAUCCUCUGUUGGACCUAGUGAAAUAAUGCAGUCAGAGAGAGAUUCUCGAGAACAAAUCUAUAUGCAAUCCACGAGUUACCAGCAACGACGAGCUGAGAGGCCACCUAAACUUCCACCCAGAGAAAAUCUUUAUGGUCAUGAUAUUCCUAAGCCCGAUUACGAUGAUAUCGAGGAUGAUUACUCGAGGACGAUAAAACCUGCCGGUAUGGCGAAUGAAGAAAAAAGGAGCAAGAACGAUGAUAGAAAGAAAUAUGACGAUCCAUAUUAUUGUGGAUUACGUGCACGCGUACCUAACUUCGUGAAGAUGGCAAGAAACGGACAAAGUAAAGGUAUUCCUCCUCGAGGACACAUCAGACCUCAACCUGCGCCAUCUUAUGCUGGCUCCGUAUAUGCCAGUAGUCAAUCGUCUCAGAUAUAUGGACAUCACGUUCCCGCGAAUCGACCACACAUCAUGUAUCAUGCGAGAAGUUUUGAGAGUGGGCUCGACACGGAUAAUAGAAUCGAAUCGCCGUACAACCAUAUAUAUGGAAGAUUACCCAUCCCGACGAGAGGCGUGAUACCUCCUGCACCGCGUGCUAUGUACAUUGGAGAAUGGGAUUAAGUUUUAACAAGUAUCUCAACGUUUGUACCUAUAAACUUGUAUAUUGUUAAUAUACCACAUAAAUACUCAUAUUUUUAUGCUACCGAAA